AUGACAUCUGCGAGCGUUUCUGCCACCCGCAACUAUUUCACAAUGCUACAGCCAUCUACAUCUUGCAGAGGCACCACUUCGAAGCAUCGACGUCGUUCAUUAUGGCAUCUUGCAAAACGCUUCAUUCAACCGAUCAGUAAUCGCUCCUCACAUACCGUAACCUCUGAAUCAACUCUGUCAAUACAGCAACGUGAACGUCUCGUUCCAGCUGUUUUAUUGAACGUACUCGAACAACUCAGUGCUUAUGAUCGCAUUCGUUUACGACAGGUUUCUCAGCUAUGUAAUUUUUUGUGUACGACGAUUCCGAUAAGGCUGCCUCCACUGAAACUACAGUCGGCUUCGAAUGGUGAACUAUAUUUGUUUAGUGAAGCACCGGAAUUGAUUGCUUAUCAUUUGAUACCAGAGCUCGAUCUGUCUGAAGUGAUUGGUGAUGAUGGCACAGUUGCUCUUAAGGAUUGGCAAGCAGAACUGAUCCUUAAACGAAUAGCAUGUCGUGUGGAUCAUGUAGAACAUCUCUGGCUAGAGACAAGCAUUAAUGGACUUCUUUGUGGUGCGUUCGUAAAACAACUUGAACAAGUCAAUAUCGAUGCGAAACCAUAUCGUCGACGAGUAACUCUCAACAAGUUGACUAUUGUCGGCAAUAAAAAAUCUGAUAUUGAACAGGUGUCAAAAAUGAUUUGUUGCUUCUCAGCAUAUGUUAAACAACUUCGUCUGCGCCAUAUGCGAGUCGAAUCAAAUACACAAAGUAAACAUUUAUGGAAUUCAAUUUCAAUGUGCCAUCAUUUGAAGCAAUUUCAAUACGAAACUUGUCGUUAUGACAAAUACUCGCAUUUAUAUUUGUCUAAUGCGUUGUCACAUAAAAACAUAAGUAUACUCGAAUUGGGAGGAGUGGAGGAUUUACAAUCGAUUGAUAUUGCUCAAAUAACAGCCAACUGUCAAAUAAGACAUCUUUCAAUUGUUUGCCCAAAAAUCAUUAUUGAUUCUUAUCUUAACGGAGGCAUUAUUCCGGUGCUCGGCCUUCUUGCUACCCUUUUGAUUCAGUGUGAAGCCACGUAUGCCUUGGAUGAUCUAGAAUCACGACAAAAAGUUAUCAGAGUAUUGAAAAGUAUGAAAGUAGAUGCCAUUCUUGAGGUGAUCCAUGUCGUUGAUAAUCAUGCAGCACAGGCAGCUCGAGCAAUGAGCUAUUGGUUGGAAAUAUCCAGAGAAACCGAUCGAACUGUGAUGCUGAAACUAUCGGAUAUCUCACAAGAUCGAGUUGAUCAAGCAGUUGGACGAUUGAUACGUAAAUGUGAGAAUGUCAUGAAGGCAUCUUUUCAAAGUAAUUCGUUAGUGCUGACAAGAGGGAAUGGACGUAUCCAUGUUCUGGAUAAAUACACGUGGUUUGGUGAUGAUGAAUAUGAGCAGUAA